AUGAAACCCGAAAUCAAUGCCAACGAAAAUAUGGUACACAACUUAUCGUCGAAGCAGUUAAGCGAACCGGAACUCAGACUGUUGAGCCACGAAGCCAAUUUUAACGCUGCUGAUGCCACCCCAGCCGACUUCAUUGCCGCACUUGAGGCCAUGUUACUACGAACUAACACAACCGAAGAGGUUAAACACACGGUGCGUCAAAAGGUGACGUCUCUUCUGAUGGCGAUUAGACACGCUAGCAAUAUGUCACCCGCAGAAAAAGAAGCAAUGAAGAGAUUAAAAAUGGAUAACGUUAUUAUAGUGCUACCAGUCGACAAAGGAAGAGCGACCGUUGUGAUGAAACGCGUUGAUAACAACGAGAAGGCGCAAGCUCUCCUGGACGACCAACAGUUCUACAAGUCCGCACCCGCCUCGCAGGCCAAAUCGAUGAUUGGCCAGCCGACUGGACUCAUAAGCCGACUCCGGCGCAACAAUGUAAUCUCGCUUGACGAAUUGCGCCAGACAAAACCAACUGACACGGCAUUGGCCAGGUUCUAA